CUCCGCUCCGGCUGCGCGGCGAGGAGGGGAGCGAGCCACAGGGAUUGCCUGGGAUUCAAUGGAUGUGAACUUGGAGCCUUCGCACCCCGGCGGGCUGGGGAUAUCUACAUGCUGAUCCUCUCUGCAGCUCGUUUGGGGAGACCAUCCGAAGGCGGCAAGAUGCUCCUCUCCCUCCUCUACUUCGCGCUGCCCUUAGCGGAUGUGCUCCUGUCCGCAGCGGUGAGCGGGCUGCCCGGAGGGGAUCGCCUCGACUGCGUGAGAGCCAGCGAUCAGUGUCUCAAGGAGCAGAGCUGUAGUACUAAAUUCAGGACGCUGAGGCAGUGUGUAGCCGGCAAAGAGAGCAACUUCAGCCGGGCGACGGGCCUGGAGGCGAAGGACGAGUGCCGGAGCGCCAUGGAAGCUCUCAAGCAGAAAUCUCUGUACAACUGCCGCUGCAAGAGGGGCAUGAAGAAGGAGAAAAACUGCCUGCGCAUUUACUGGAGCAUGUACCAGAGUUUGCAGGGAAAUGAUUUGCUUGAAGAUUCCCCCUAUGAACCAGUUAACAGCAGACUGUCAGACAUAUUCAGGCUAGCACCAAUUGUAUCAGUGGAGCCAAUGCUUUCAAAGGGGAACAAUUGCUUGGAUGCAGCAAAAGCCUGCAACCUAAAUGAUACCUGCAAGAGGUACAGAUCUGCUUACAUAACCCCCUGCACCAGCAGCACGUCUAAUGAAAUCUGUAACAAGCGGAAGUGUCAUAAGGCCCUCCGGCUGUUUUUUGACAAAGUUCCCCCCAAGCACAGCUACGGGAUGCUCUUCUGCUCCUGUCGAGACGUAGCCUGUACAGAAAGGAGACGGCAGACUAUUGUUCCUGUGUGUUCAUAUGAGGACAGGGAGAAACCAAACUGCCUGAAUUUACAAGAAUCCUGCAAGAAGAAUUACAUCUGCAGAUCUCGCCUUGCAGAUUUUUUCACAAACUGCCAGCCUGAGUCACGGUCUGUUAGUAGCUGUCUGAAGGAGAACUAUGCUGACUGCCUCCUCGCUUACUCGGGGCUUAUUGGUACGGUGAUGACACCAAACUACAUAGACUCGAGCAGUCUCAGCGUGGCCCCGUGGUGCGACUGCAGCAACAGUGGUAACGACAUYGACGAAUGCCGGAAAUUUCUGAAUUUUUUCCAGGACAACACAUGCCUUAAAAAUGCAAUUCAGGCCUUUGGCAAUGGUACUGAUGUGAAUGUGUGGCAGCCAAUCCUCCCCGUACAGACCACUACAGCCACAACUACAACAGCUUCCAGACUUAAAAAUGUGGGUUUAGAGACCACCAACAACGAAAUACCAACCAACAAUGAUUCGCCAGCAUGUGCAAACUUGCAGGCACAGAAGAAGCGGAAAUCCAAUGAAUCUGUAGAUACAGAACUGUGUCUUAAUGAGAAUGCUAUUGGGAAAGACAACACAGCAGGAGUCUCCACCAGUCACAUAUCGUCAGAGAAUUCGUUUGCUCUUCCUACAAGCUUCUAUCUAAGCAGAGCGCUCUUUGGGAUGACAGUUGCACUCUCACUCUCUUUGUUCCUAAGUUCAUCAGUCAUCUUGUAGCUGCAUUACAAAAGGACAUGUAAAAAAAAAAAAAAAAAGAAAAAAAAUCUGUUUCCUGUCCUCUGUUGUUUAUCUGGAAUUCCAGGUCUGGGAGCUAAGCUGAGGCACUCCUGCUAGAACAGUUGCAGUCAGCUGGAUUUUUUUUUUUCCUCUCUAAAAAAGCUUCUUGUGAUAUUUAGAGGCUUUGUGAAAUCCUUGGUGCAGUGCUACAUUCCAAACCCCAAAAAGGCUUUUGGGCAUGCAGUGUUUUAAAGAGACCGUGUGUAAAUUUGCCUGUAAAGCAACCUGGUUGGAUUAUUUUAAUAAUUAUUUUAAUKCUGGCCCUUACCUGUGAAGGAGGAUGGCAGUUUUCUUAAGAUCUUAUUUAUCUUACUGAAUGGCUUUGGUUUUCAAAUUACUGAACUUCAGACUGUCAAGGAUGCCAGGCUUUUGUCUAAUAUUGAAUGUUUUCCCAGAGAGUGGACUUGAUGAAACGUCUUCUUCAUUUGAUAAACUGCUACUGAUGUUAAACUCUUCCAGUGUAUUAGCAUUUUCCUCUCUAAAUGUACUUUAUGUACUGUAAGUGAUUCUGCGUUCCCUGCUGAGAAGCCAUUAUAAGUCGCAUACAGGUAUAAUGUACGUCUUUCAGUUAAAUUUUCAUAAAGAUAGUGUGGCAUAGAACUUUCUAACAGUACAUCUAUUUUUUAAUUAUAAUCAUYUAGCCUUAACAAGGGUGAAGAGUCUUUAAAUUAACAAGAAACUGCCAUUGUGAAAGCUUCAUAAUGCUUCUUUAAAUUUUAGGAUAAGCAGUAGAAAYGAAUUUUGCUACAGGGUUUCAGCUGUUCAGUCACUGGUCUCCUGUGCUUCCAUUGUGAUAAUAUAGUCCAGUUAUUUUACUGUUUGUUUAAUAAAAAUGCCAUGCAGUUUUAUUUGCUGUACUAAACCAGUGUUAUCUGCUUAUGCACACAUUAUAAUGUCAGCUCAGAAAGUUACAGGAGUUUAUACCUGAGUUCUACUAUCACAUCACUGUAGAGGGAAUAAAGGAAAAAUGAAAAGGAGAUGGCAGGACUUCAUUUAAGUUGAACUUUAUUUCUUAAACUGCUAAAAUCAACACAAAAGGAUUAAUGAUCUAGUUACAAGGCAGAUUUAUACAUGCUUUCCCGCAGAUCAAGCUCUUCCCACAAUAGUAAUUCCUUCUGCAGUCCAUGGGGUUGUUGACAUGAUGAACUGUUUACAAGACCAGUCCAAUAAAUGGUUUAAAUAGUUUGGCGGGCAAUAGUGCCACUGUACAUGGUCUGAUCASUUGGAUUUUUAUUCAGUGACAUUGACAGUGUAUGCUGGCUCAUGAUUUUCUGCAGUAUCUAGAAGRGAUUCUUUAAAGCUUUAAAUGUCAUCAAAUAGGCAGAAUUUCUCCUAAGGGCUGUCUUUGUACCUUACUGUGAUGGCUUGGUGACUGUUACAAGCAGUUAUGUCCAAAUGAUCAACAGAAAUCUGGUUUUGUUUGUACUGAAAGUAGAAGAUAACUUUACCAGGCAAACAAUUCAUCAUGUUAAAUUCACAGAUUUGUGUUAAGACUUACAUAAUUCUGUACAAGUCUGCUUUGAAAUGUCCAGAUCAGUUAUUUACAACUAUAUACUACAAAUCAUUGAUUUAUAAACUGCAGUGAAGUUUGGGAGUAUGCAAAAUACACAUUUUACUAACCGAUUAUUAAGCCUAUUGACAAAUUCAUCUUUUCAGCUUUUUCUUCAAACUAAUAAACACUUUCCAAAAUUCUAAAAUUCACUYGUACUCUUGAUUAUGGUCAUGUAAUAAUAUAGGUUUCAAAGCACUGUGUGUUGGAGAGAACUCUAAGAUACUGGUUGCCACUGAACAUAAUAAAUUACAAAAUACUAAUCUUUAAUUCUGUACCGAUGAGAAACUGAAAAUUGCUUUCAAAGGCAUCAGAAUUGCUUUUGGAGAAGAAAUAUGUAGCAUAUCAUUACCAGAAAGCCCAUGUGGUUCCUGUUGCUCUUCUUGUAGAAGCUAAUCAAAUUACUGAAAGCUAGUGACAACAGAAAAGAUUGCGAGAUUCAUGAUUUAAAAAAUAAAUCAAAUUCUUUUAUGCCAAAAGGAGUUGAAAGUACAGCCUAUUGAAAUGCUAAUGAACACAGCAUAAUAAUUCAGAAGUCUGACAUUUUCCAACUAAAAAUAUUUUCAAAACAAAUUCAUAAACAUUACAAUUAUUAAAUUCAUCUUUGAUCCACAAAGCUUUCUUUAAAAUAUCAUUUGUAUUCAUCAUAYUAAACAUUUUAAGCAGUAUCAGGAAUUUUAAUAAUCUCCUAGUAUAGCACAUUCCUUUUUGAAGAUCUUAUACAUUUGUUUUGAUUACAGUAUCUCUAUUACAUUUUAUACCAAUUAUUAGAGCUUUGACGCUGUGUGAUCCAGAAUAAAAGCUAUUGAUCACUUACACUGUAAACAACAACUUAAUUAGGUUCUGAUUACAAA